AUGUGCACAAGCCCGAUAUGAGUUUUUUUUAUGUAAAAACAACAAAAUUUUGUGGAGGUUUGAAAGCUCAUUUAUUUGUAUUAUAUUUUGGGUCCACGUAAAGGCUACCUAAGAUUCUAUGGUGUCAUGAUAUGUUUAACACUGUUACUGUUUUAGUGUGUUGUAAAGUGUUGGAGAUUAUUAACAUUUGUUGAAAAUGUAUUUUUGUUGGCUUGUCUUUUUCUUCCAGGUUAUAUAAUUGAUAGAAUGGGAGAGAAUCUUUUAUUUCCUUCAGCUGCGGUUAUAAUCCAGAAUAAUGUUGUGCAAUCAGACACACCUCAACAGAAUGUUCUAAACAGCAACGAAUUUACAAGCUUCGCCAGUACAGAACAAUUAGAUGAAAAAUCAUGGCAUAAUUCUUCGAUAAAUCUUAAAAAGGACAUUGAAAGCAGUGACACGUCAUCGUUAUCUUCCAGUUGGGAGUCAGACGAGAAGUCUCAUGUGAAAAGAAGAAAAAAAGAGAAGAAGAAAAGGAAGAAAAAACACAGAAAAAAGCAUUCCAGAGAGAAGAAGCAACCAAAGGUGGAACGUGUUAGCAAGCCUGACACCAUCUGGUUAGAAAAUACCAACUUAGACACUUCAGAUGCAUUUCGUAAAGAUAAGCGCGCGGAUAAAAAUAAUUCCGAAUUUGAUAGCUUGUACAAAAUGGAUGUAGCCAUGUUUCGUGCUCAUUUUGAGUGGACAUGUUUAGGCUUGAGUAACAAACAGAGUAUAUCACUUUACCCUAACAAAAGAAAGAGGAAGAAAAACAAAGUUGAAAAAACACGCUAUUUUUUAAGUGGUAACCAUGGUGUUCUCGACAUCGACGACGGUGACACGACGUUCGUACAUUCGACGGAAAGUCAAGAAUUUAUUCCGUUGGCCAGGAAUCCUGUUAAACGAGAUGAAGUUAUCGAUCAAGGUGUUGAGGUUUCUCGAUACGUGACGGAUAGCUAUACGGAAGGUAGUAAAAAGUUCUCAACCGAGCUCUUAAAUCAUCCACGCGAUAUUCAACUAUGGCUGGAAUUUGUUGAUUUUCAAGACAACCUGAUCACAGCCAGUAGUAAAAACGAAGAAGGGGAAGGUUUGAAAAAAACUCCCAAAGCCAUUGUUGAAAAGAAAUUGAGCAUUUUGGACAAAGCCAUGACCAGAAACCCGACCUCCAUUGAAUUAAUAUUGAAAUACGCGCAUCUAGUGAAAGAGAUCUGGUCAUCAAGUAGAGUGAAUGAACAGUGGAAGGGUUGGUUGUUUAAAUUUCCGAACUGUAGCCUUUUAUGGCAGGAGUAUUUGCUGUACGUACAAUCAGACUUAAUGUCAAUGACCCUUUCUUCUGUUGUGAAAGCGUACAAAAAUUGUUUCCGCACUUUGCUCGGUAUUUAUACUGGUACCUUACGCACACACAAACCAGAAGAGAACGCUGAAGAGGCACUAUUGGUUGUCCUACUGCAGUUCGUCAUAUUUUUAUGGAGGGCUGGUUGUAGCGAGAAAGCAGUGUGUAUUCUCCAAUGUAUGAUCGAGUUCAAUCUCAACACGCCGCAUGAUUCACACGAAAACUUAAAACAAAAGAAAGAGCGAUUUGAAGUGUUUUUCGACUCAGGCGUACCAAGAUUCAGUGAAGACGGAUGGAGCGCUUGCUGUCACUCUCCUCCUGCGAGUACAGUACCUGCUACGCUGAUCACGUGUACAACAUUCUCUACGCCCACCUUUGAUGAAGUUCUCGAGGAGAAAAAAAAGACUUUACAGGAAAAAAUUUGGACCGAACUUGAAAUAAUUCGAGAAAUGUCUCAGUUCGAACCAUUUCGUGGUUGUCAUGACGACUGUGAAGAUACGGAUCGGAUUGUGCUUUACGACGAUAUCUCCUUUGCUCUGUUCAAUCUACCUUCGCCCGAUUUAAUGUUCCAGUUGCUAAUAUCCUUCUUGCUUCUGCUUGGAGUCCCUAUACCUAAGCAUAUGCUGUCAAACGACGUGCUAAAUUGUUUUUCCAAAUAUUUUUAUCUUGAGAACGCCGCAGGUGUUUGUUUGUGCCAUUCUACAGUGCGUGCUAGCCAUGUUUCUUUAAAGUCGAUUUUGCUGACUGAAGUUGAUGCGUUUAAUGUAGGGUGUGUUGGAAAAGCGAGACAAAUAUUGUCUCAGUCAUUAAGCUUGUUUGGAGAUAAAUAUGUCAAAAAACUAUCGCAGAUUUGGUUCCAUUUUGAGACAAUGUUAUUCCGUAAAGAAAUCGAAACUACUUCAAACCAAUCGAACUGCAAAACGUACGGAAAAGAGAUUAAGAAAUUUGUUAAAAGCGUGUUGAAACUCCCGCCUAACGGUAACUGUGUUGCAUUGUGGGAUAUGUACGCAAUGUACGAAUGGAAGCUUGGUCGUCACGACGACGCGAAGAAGAUAUACUUCACAACGCUGCGGUUAUGUUCUACGAAGGUGGGGAAGAGACACUUUCGUAUCGCCUCCUCGGUCAGGUCCAUGAUUGAUCUUCACCUCUUGGACUCAAGCAAUAACGAGGUCGAUAUUCGUGUCUCGAGCGGAAUAAAGAAGCAGGUUUUACAAAUACUUUGUGCUUUUGUGACUGGAAAUGAUCUCGACUUGUCUUCAAACGCAAACACUGUAGACCUAUUGAAAGUUUGUAGUCUGUUAAAAUCCGAGCAUGCGCAGCUGUUGAACAAAAGAGAUUUACUGAACUCGAGAGAAAGAGACUUUCUGUGUUGUUACAUUGUGUUCGAAUAUUUCUUUAACGGUUUCGAAUCUCUGCACACUGCGUGCAAAGAAAUUCUUGAGUUCUCCUCCUGCACGAAACAACACGAAGGACUUGUUGAUAUAUUUCUACACGCUUUAGUUCUAAUGCACUCGCAUUGCAAAUGUAACUAUGAAUGUUUUUCCAUAUACAAGACCACGCUUGAAAGUUGUUUCGAGCGAUAUCCAAAUAAUACGUCAUUGAAUAGUUUGUUUAUUAAUGUGAAGCAACACGGCCUAGACAGUCUGCAUGCUCGGAGAUUUUAUAAAAACCUUAUUAAGAACACCGAAGCGGUGGAUCCGUGGCUACACGCUGUGGAGUAUGAAGAACAAAGAUUAAAGUAUGUUAGUCCACUACCGGUAGCUGAAUCAGUAUCGUUGGAAUUUGUGGACGCACAGAGCGGUGUACAUAAUCGUAUUCGCGCCUUGUAUCAACGUUUGCUAAGCACAGAGAAGUUUAGGUACUGCGCCGACCUAUGGAUAAAAUAUAUUGACUUUCAAUUGAAGUUCGGUACUGAAAAGAUGGCGAGGGAUACGUUCUACACAUCCUUGCGAAGUUGUCCUGGUGGAAAGAUUUUAUAUCGACUAGCGAUUGAUCAUUUGAACAUGUUCAAGGAAGCUUACGAUUUGAUGAUGGAGAAAGAACUGCGUGUAAAACUUAUAGUGGAGGAGUUGGAUAUACUGUUGGAAAACUAAACAUUCACGAAAAUAGAAAGAUAAAUUGGCUUCCCAGAGUCGUACGGCUUUCAGGGUUGUCACGUGCAGUGCUUUUCCCGUAACCAUAUAUAAAGUGCAGUGUUUCUCCCGUAACCAUAAAGACCUGGAGACUAAGUUUCAAGGAAAUCACAAUAUGUGCGAACACUUACACAAGAAAAUAAUAAAUGAACGAAAUGUUGUUAUUAAUUAGUCUUUGGUGUCACAAUAUGGAUUGCAUCAAUAGGGAUGUUGUGACGCCGUCACUGGUCAUGUGAAAUACGUCAAAAUACUGUU